ACCCGCCGCCGCCAUGGAGGCCAUCAAGAAGAAGAUGCAGAUGCUGAAGCUGGACAAGGAGAACGCCAUCGACCGCGCCGAGCAGGCGGAGGCUGACAAGAAGCAGGCGGAGGACCGCUGCAAGCAGCUGGAGGAGGAACAGCAGGGCCUGCAGAAGAAGCUGAAGGGCACGGAGGAUGAGGUGGAGAAGUACUCCGAGUCCGUCAAGGAGGAGCUGGACCGAGCCCAGGAGCGCCUGGCCACCGCCCUGCAGAAGUUGGAGGAAGCCGAGAAGGCGGCUGAUGAGAGCGAGAGAGGCAUGAAGGUCAUCGAAAACAGGGCCAUGAAGGACGAGGAGAAGAUGGAGCUCCAGGAAAUGCAGCUGAAGGAGGCAAAGCACAUAGCCGAGGAGGCUGACCGCAAAUAUGAGGAGGUCGCCCGCAAGCUGGUUGUCCUUGAGGGAGAGCUGGAGCGCUCGGAGGAGCGGGCAGAAGUUGCAGAGAGCCGAGUGAGACAGUUGGAAGAAGAGCUGCGGACCAUGGACCAGACCCUCAAAUCCCUCAUGGCCGCAGAGGAAGAGUAUUCCACCAAGGAGGACAAGUACGAGGAGGAAAUCAAGCUUCUAGGGGAAAAACUGAAGGAGGCUGAGACCCGAGCAGAGUUUGCCGAGCGGUCUGUGGCGAAGCUGGAGAAAACCAUCGAUGAUUUAGAAGGUAAAAUUCCUUUGCCUGCCCCACCUCCCUCUCUUGUGGGGAGCACAGGUGGCCUGGGAAGACCUGGG